AUGGCGUCCACCAUUUUGUACAAAUUCCGUUCGGGUACAACCUUUGAAGCCCUUCCUUUGCCCGGCUCGGCAGCUAGGCUGUUUGACGUCAAAAAAGCCAUUGUUAAGGCCAAGAAAUUGGAUUCAGGAAGCAUGGAAUUCGAUUUGGGAGUGAGAAAUGCUGAUACCAAUGAAGAAUACAGUAACGAGACUAUGCUUUUGCCAAGAGGCACACGUCUCAUUGUCCAACGUUUGCCCGCACAACGAGGCCAUGGAUUCCUGGCGAGAAUGGCCAGGAAUGAGCAAGCAGGAACGGGCAUGGCGACUCAAGGUUCUAUUGGUGGUGCUCCGAAUAGCUUUUAUACGAUUGAAAGUCGAGCAGGAGACGAUGAUGAAUUUGUUCAGGCCCCUGCUGCCAAUGAGGAAUCGGAAUUGGCAGCCUUGCAAGCAGCUACGAAUUUGCAAUCGGCUGGUGGUCCGGCCAUGACGGGAGGAGGGUAUGCAGCGUCUCGCGGCGGCAGCUUUCCAUCGUCUGGCGGUGGUGGUGGUCCUCCAAAACGCAAUAACUUUCAUGCGACCCAACAGUUCCGACCCAAUGCCGACCCCGAGCUCCGAGAACAAGAAAAGAAAAACCAGCCCAAAAAGGCCAGAACGACUGGCAUUCCAAGAACCUUUCAAAGUUUGCAGGCGCCGCCUCCCAUUGAUGGAGAAGAAGGAGAUGAUACCGCCGUAGCAGUAUUGCAACCCAACUCGCAAGGAUUCAAGGAUUUGGUCAGCAGAGGUGGUGGUCUAUCGGCGAAUAUUGCGGGGACUCGCCAUGAUUUGGACUAUGCCUUGAAGUUGACUGCCAGUACGGUGCCAGACUAUUUGCUCUGUCCCAUUUGUAACAAGGCUUUGAGAAAGGCCACACUUUUGCCCUGGGAUUCUGAAGGUCGCUCCACUUGCGAGUCUUGCAUUCGAGAUGCUCUCACCCAAAGCGGUUUUCGCUGUCCAUUGACGGGAAUGGAAGGUGUUAGUCCAGAUGACUUGUUGCCAAAUAUUGGUUUGCGCAAAGCAGUCGACGUAUUCAUCAAGGGUGUCAUGGACAAGGUAGAUGAAGUCGAACAAAUGCGAGUGGAAGAAGACGAAAACGUAGGUGCUGAAACAGCCGCUAGCUCUGGUUUGAAUAGUGAUAUUCUAGAAGGAGAUGGAAUUGAAAAGGGAGUCAUUGUUUCCAGAAAGUCCUCCAUUGUUCGAAAGAAGUUUGAAGAAGAUGAUCCGUUUGCGGAUGACGAUGACUUUGGUGGUGAUGUCUUUGCUGUGGAAGUGGACAAGCCGACGGAAGUGGAGAUAGAAGAGAAGAAGGAAGAGAUUAAAGAAGCGGAUGCUACACCGGCCAAAAAAGACGAAGUCAAGAAGGCUGCCAGUGAAAACGCAGAAGCCGAUAGCAAUAGAGUCGAUAAGGAUGAGACCAAUCGUAACAGUAGAUCUGAUCCUUCAUCCAGUGGAAUUGCUCAGGAUUCAUCGACUUCUGCUGCUGCUGAAGCCAAAGUAGGAGAGAAUGAAAUUGAUAAACCACAGGAAUCUCCACCUCCUCCCAAACGUCGACGCCGUGGUCCACCCGCAGGAUACACAAUGGGGCCUGCUGGGUACAACCGCAACAAGGACGGUGGCGAUCGUCGUGGUGGGGGUAGGUACAAGAAGAACGAUGGUGGUGGAUAUCGCGGUAGUAGAGGCGGGGGCGGCCAUAGAGGCGGACGAGAUAGCGAUUACAACAAUCGCGGUGGUGGCCGCUAUGAUGGAGAUGGUGGGAGUGAUCAUGACCGUGGAUCCAAGAGAAGCCGCAAUGACGAUCACUCGGCAGAUGGAAGCCAAAACAAACAUUCAAGACAUGAGCGCUAUGAUGACAGAGACAGUAGAUACAGAUCCGACGAACACGAUGACCGCAGCAAUCACCGUGAAGGAGGAGGAAGAAGUUCUUACAGAGGCGGGUACGGUCGAGGGGGACGUGGUGGUCGUUCUUGGGGCGGCCGAGGUGGUGGAGGUGGUUACCGGGGUCAUGGUGGAAGAAGGCACUAG